UGUUGUCAUUCAUUUUUUUGGUUUGUUUGUAUACACUACAUGACAAGUUGAUAAUCAAUGAUGAUUAUGAUGAUGACGACGAAAUUUAUAUUUUUGUUAAUUUGUUUUGGUUAUUUAUUUACAUCGAUUUAUGGUUUGGAUAAUGGUCUUGCACGUCGUCCACCAAUGGGAUGGCUAUCAUGGAUGAGAUUUGCAUGUAUAAUUGAUUGUAAAACAUAUCCCGAUGAUUGUAUUGAUGAAAAUCUUUAUCGUAAUAUGAUUGAUCGAAUUGUUGAGGAUGGUUAUCUUGAAGCCGGUUAUAAAUAUGUUAAUAUUGAUGAUUGUUGGAUGUCAAUGCAACGUGAUCCAAAAACAUUACGAUUAUUACCAAAUCAAACAAGAUUUCCAUCCGGUAUUGAUGAAUUAGCAAAAUAUGCACAUUCGAAAAAUGUUUUACUUGGUAUUUAUGAAGAUGUUGGUACAGAAACAUGUGGUGGUUAUCCUGGUACAUAUUUUAAUUCAAUUGAUCAUACAUUUAUUGAUGCCGAAACAUUUUCCGAUUGGUCGAUUGAUUCAUUAAAAUUAGAUGGUUGUUUUGCUAAAAAUGAUACAUAUAAUUUUACAUAUCCAGAAUAUUCAUAUGCAUUAGCAAAUGUUGAACAUCCAAUUCUGUAUGCAUGUAGUUGGCCAGCAUAUUUAGCAAAUAUUACUGAUGAAACAUAUGCAGAUAUUCGUCAAUAUUGUAAUCUAUGGCGUAAUUUUGGUGAUAUUGUUGAUUCAUAUGAAAGUAUAUUUGAAAUUAUUAAAUAUUAUGGUGAAAAUAAUGAACAAUUUCGUGAAUAUCAUGGUCCUGGUGGUUGGUUUGAUCCGGAUAUGUUAAUUAUCGGUAAUAAUGGUUUAUCACUGGAACAAAGUAAAACACAAAUGGCAUUUUGGUGUAUGUGGUCAGCACCAUUAUUAAUGUCAAACGAUUUACGUUCCAUUCGGCCAGAAAUGAAAGAAAUUUUAUUAAAUAAAGAAUUGAUUGCCAUUGAUCAAGAUCCAUUAGGUAUUAUGGCAUCAUUGGUCAUACAAAAACAUAAUUGGUCUAUACAAGUAUGGACAAAAAAAUUAUCACCAAUAAAUAAUGAUCAUGAUCAUUAUCGAUUAAAUCCAUGGGCUAUACUUUAUUUUUAUGGCAAUCAAUUAGGACCUGAUCAAUAUAUGUCAUAUAAAUUAUCAUCAAUCAUACCUGAAUUGAAUGAAACAAUUAGCUAUGAUGUUUAUGAUUUAUUUGCCAAAGAUACAAAUCAUUCUUUUAUUGGUACAUUAAAACCACAACAAUAUCUUCGAUUAUUAGUACCAACUGCUGGUAGUGUACGAUUAGUUAAAUUAAUUCCAAAAAUUUAAAAAAAUUUAAAAACAAAAUUUAAAAAUCAAUUUAAAAAAAUCA